ACGGCACGACUGUGUUGUGGGAAGCUGGGAGGUCCAGUCGUGCUGUGUGUGGAGUCUGCGCUGAUACACGGAGCCGCCGGCCGGUUAUCUGCGGGAGAGGCAGCGCUCUACACGGCCGUUACCGAGGUAACAGACUUCUUGAAUUUCCAGAGAUGUCUGUACAGGCCUUGACAUUGACCAGUUACAAUACAAAGCAAGUUCAGAAUUGUGCAAGGGCGGCGCAGGUGGUAAAUGAUAAUAAACGGCACUCUGCCUUGAAACCGACGGAUGUUCCCGACCCUCCUCUGAGCAUGAAGCCAAGGAUCCCUACCAUUCUAUUUCCAGAAGGUGAACUACCUCGGCCAGCAGUUAUCGGAGUAGGAGGUAGCUAUGGCUCUUAUACUGAUAGUGCGACUGCAAUUAAAGAAAUCCUGUCUUCAGUUUUAAAAAUACCAAGCAGUAUUAAAUCCACGCUGUCUGUGAAUGCACAUCUCCAGGACAGUGACGCAGAGAACUGGGAGGACAGCAGCACCGGUGGCCAUAAUGAGGAUUUAGAUAGUGAUUCUGAUGGUAUUCCUUUACUGCCAUGUACAGAAAAUGACAUCCGGUUUAAUAGACACAUGGCAGUCUGGGAUAACUCCCAGUCGGACUUUCCUGUUACCCCUCCAUCGGACUCACUUGCUUCCUCACCCAGUGAUCCUAUCACACGCACGCAAGGUGUACCCGAGCUGGAAUUGGCACCUUACUUGAAAUGCAACACCUGCUCUGAAGUAAUUUUACCUGGAUCCGAAUUAACCUCACCAUUGAAUCGACGAUUUUCUUCUCCCAGUAUUACACCCCUCAAUUUAAGUCUGCAUAAUCCCCCUUUAGAACAGUUUACAGAGGCUUCCACUGUAGAGGACCAUCGGAGAUCAUGGUCCUAUUCGAAUAUUUUUAAAGCAGUAAGUGGAAAUUUACCGACGUCAAGCACAGAAGCCCUGCACCACUCCAGAGAAAACCUAUUUGAGCCAACCGUGUGCCUGGAGGAAGAAAAUGGUCACUUUCUGGCAGCCGACCUGUUUAUGUCCCUGGUUGAGGUGAUGAAGAGCAGUUGGCAGUAUGAGCAGUGGAGGACAGAAGGAGGAAUGCAAUGGCUGAAGAAAGAUGCAGAGGAGACCUGCUACCGAAGAUGCAAGGCCAACUCCGAAUCUGCCACUUCUGUUGAUAGCGGUUAUGAGGGUUUAGCUCCGUUGCAGAAUUCUCCUGUUGAAACUAUAUUCGAGGAGGAAGAAUAUAAAUGCCCCACAACCUGUGAAAACUAUGAGGACAGUGACGAAUUUGUGAUAAUAGAAAUGGAAGACUAUGAGAAGCUGUCAACAAAGCAGUCAGAUGACACGAGAGAAAGGACGGAUUCCAAAGCCUUGAACUCUGCUGAGCAGACGGCCCGGAAUCUGUACAGAGCUUUUCGACAGCAAUGGGCUCGAUUUGAUGGAGAUGUGCAGCUCCCUGCAGAACUGACCAUCGAGACACUGUCCUGUAAAAACGCCAUUCCAGAAGAAUUUGAAUCUAGUGCAAGUCUGGUCGAGGAGAUAAAACGGUUCAGAAUGAGGGAUACCGAAGACUGGUCUCCUCCACGGUUUCAGAUUAUUAGCGCUGUGCACCUGUACAUAAAGAGGGAUGAAGUCGUAGCAUCACAAAACUUUCUAUGUGUUGGCUGUGGAACAAAAGUAGAGCUAAGGUACACCAACAGACUGCGGUACUGUGAUUACCUGGGGAAGUAUUUCUGCGAUUGCUGUCACCAUUACUCGGAGAGCUCUAUUCCAGGCCGCAUUCUCUCUAAAUGGAACUUCAGUAAAUACUAUGUCAGCAACUUCUCUAAAAGCGUUCUAGAUAAAAUAUGGGACAGCCACACAUUCAAUGUGCAGACUGAAAACCCAGCGCUCUACAAGAAAGUGAAGGAUCUAAACCGAGUCAAGGAAGUGCAGGAACAGCUUAUUCACAUCAGGAAGCUGGUGACAACUUGUCGUUUUGCUGAGAGUGUUGUGAAGGCCUUUGAAGAGGUCCCCUCUCACCUCACACAGACGCUGCAUCUCUUCACAUUGGGCGAUUUGUCAAAAGUCAAGCAGAAGUCCCUUUUACCAGGUCUCCGGGAGCUCCUGGCUCUGGCUGUAGCCCAUGUGGAAGAAUGUGAGUUGUGCAAAGCCAAAGGUUUUAUUUGUGAAUUUUGCCAAAAUUCCAGUGUGAUCUUUCCUUUCCAGACUGAAACCUGCAGAAGAUGUGAAGCUUGUAAAGCGUGCUAUCACAAGGACUGCUUUAAGACCAAUGACUGUCCCAAAUGCUUAAGGAUCAUGGCAAGGGAAGCCCUAAAAAGUGACCUUGCGUUAUCAUCAAGUGGCAAAGUGGACUCGAGCUCAACAACCUGAGUGCAAUAAUGAGCAACUUGUAUAUUGUGUAUAUUUUAGUUUUGCAGUGUAAAACAAUCUAUUUAUGACAGUGCGAGCUUGGUUUGUCUUGUACUCUUUUAUUGAAUGUAAACAUUAGAAGUAGCAUUUUAUUAAACACUUUGUUUUUUUAGGUUUAUUGAACUUCUGUUAAGGAUGUCAGUAGAUUUUGUGCCUUAAUAUGACCUGACGUCACAACAGGCUGCAGGGCGCAGAGGCUGUCGUCAAUAGGCUGGACCCUCGCUGCAAGCAAACACUGCUGUACUUGCAAAGAGGAUCAGUGCUGAAAGGGUUUUGCACAGUGUUUGAUCAGUGAUUUUCAGCAGUUAUUGUGAGCCAAAAGCAGGUGCAGAUCUACACAGAACAGGUGCAAAUCUUUCCAUUAUACCUUAUCUCUGAGUAGCUUCCAAUCCUGGUUUUGGAAAUCAUUGACCAAACACUGGCUGUGAAAGCGGCCUAAAGGGCUUUUCUGGGAUCAGUAUAUUGAUGGUUCAUCAAUAUCAGAUCAUGAGGAUCCAAAUUUUACACCCCCCGCCAUUCAUCUGUUUGAAGGGGCAAUGGUGCUCGUGAGAGUGCUGCAGACUCAUCAGUGUUAUCCUCAGCCUGUCUACCUGCUUACCAUACAUGAAGCAGCAGUGGUGCAAGGUAC